AUGUCUUUCCACUUUGUUUUCGUUUUCUGUGUUCUGAUCGUCCUUGUUCAGGGAUCCCAUAUAACGCAAGUGGAACCUGUAUACUCGGUGGAAGCUCAUUCUGCUGGGGAUGUUUCAUCAGGAGCUGCUAUUAGUUUCCCCGAAGUGCGACCAGCCCCAGGAUCCCAGGCUAAAUCCCCAGCGGUUCGCCCAGUUGCUCCUCGACUUGUGGCUACUUCUGGUCGUCGCCAAUCUGGAUCCAACUCUCGUCCUGCUGUCAUCGGUAGCACUGGACGUGCUAUCGGCGGAGGAGCUAAUCAUGCCCAGAAUCGCAAUAGGAUUCAAAAACCAUACUAA